UCGGCAGCGUCUCCGUGGAAACGGCCUCGAGUGGGUGAGACCGGCCUGGGGCGAUGGCUCAGCGGUUCCAGGUUCUGCGCUGCUGUUUGUGUAAAAUUUACCAAGUUCAGCAGGUUAAGAAGAGCAAGAAGUGGAACUGCAAGUUGUGCGAAGCAAAACAGUCAGUGCUGAAGAUAUAUGGCCAGGGCUCGGGUGCUGACUGUCGACGACAUGUGCAGAAGUUGAACAUGCUGCAGGGGGAAAGGAUGCAGGCAAUGGAAGCAGCUGCUUGUUUUGGUGGCAGGUCCAUUAAGGAACCAAAAUGUGCAAACACUGACUGCAAUUCUGAAAGACUUUGUACAGUGAAUGAGCAGUUGGAGAACUCAGCUAGCAGCCGUUGGAGUGUUUAUUUGGACCAGAAUCCCAUUAUUGAGACAUCAGAUGAGGAAGGAAAAGAGAAAGACAUUGUAUACACAGAUCGCCAGAGGUUCCAGGAAAGCAUGAGGAAUGCCAACCGGAAUAGAAGCAAACAUAAAAGGGGAUUAUGUACCUCAAAGCAACUGGAGCUGUGUGGUAAUGGUACUGACAACCAGGAAACAGAAUCCUCUCAAACGGCCAUGGGUCGCUAUCUGAAAUGUAUGAAUUCCACACUAACUGAAAGAAGAAACGGGCAUCAAGUGACUAGGCAUACAGAAAGGAACAACAUUUCAAACAGCAUACAUUUAGAAUCCAAUCUAGUGACCUCGCUGAAUGAUGAAAGCUGGUAUGGCACAAUUAAACAACAGGGUGCACACGCCUCUAGGUGGGAUAGAUUCCUACCACGUAGUAUGACAGAAGACGAUGAAUUCUUCAGUCAAGGCACUGGUAAAGCUGAGGGGUAUCUAACCUGGAAGGGGGCCCAGCCCUCAGCAGAUUCUGCUAUUGUAAAUUACAGAAAAGAUGUGGAUGGUUUUGCUGGUUUGCGAGUGGCUUGUAAUGGCCACCCAAGUUCACUACAAAUCACUGAAAGAAUUACAGAGGAAACCAUGACUUGCUCACUCACUUCUCUAGAACAGGUUGAAGAAGACAGGACUAUGCUGAGUUUGCCUGAACCCACUACUGAUGUGCACACACUCAGCAGUAUUGCAUGUGGAGCUGUAACAGAAGAGCAUGACCCUUUCUCUGUGUCCAUGGAUGGUGCUUCUGGAGCUUCAUGUGUUCCAAAGUCAGGGUCUCCUUUGGCCCCUCAAUCCCUAUCAUUCUGUCAACUUUCGGUUCGUGAGAAACCUCGUACAGAUUUUGGAUUUCAGGCUAAGCAAGGCAGCUGCUUUCUCUCGCUCUUUCAGACAGAUGAGGAUUUUGAUGAUGCGUGAUUUUUGAUCCCCCUGCCUUUCAACUGCAGGGUUUUGUGGCUUAUAAAAUGGGGGCACCUGAUGUUAUAUUAUCAGACAAGCAGUGUUACACUGUGAUUUUUUACAAACUUGCACCAAAUCUGCCAGCACGUUUGCAAGGUUUAAUGAAAGAUGGAGAGAUUAUUUCAGGUAAUGCUUGUGAGAAACAGCAGUUGGAAAUUACAAAGUCUAUUCUGUUGUACCCUAUCCUGGGAUGAUAUUGUUGCAGAACAGUAGGUUGGUAGUAAGAUUUUCCAUGAUACUGUCACAGAUGAGUUCUCCUGAAGCUGGCUAUGUUCAUUACCAAUUCUCUUUGUUUGGGAGAUUUUUGUACAGAUGGGCUGACUUUUUUUUUAAAUGUUAUGAUUUUUUUUUAAAGAAUGAAUGUCUGGCUGGUGUAUAGCCUCAGAUCAGGAAAGAUGUUACCUUUUGGAGUUUAGCUUAUUGCUCAUUAAGUGCUUUUGUUGUCAGAUAGUUGUGAAUUAAAGCAAUCUAAAAUAAAUUUGAAAUGUUUCAGUGGG